AUGGGAGGUGCCAUUCAAGACAUCAGCGAAAUUCCCAAAGCCGGCGUAGUCAAAAAUUUCAAUCUCAGCGCAAUCUACUCUGAAAACGUGCUCGCCAAGAUCAUUCAAGUCGCACAGCGAGGCCUGAAGCAACAAGCCCCCUUGCAAUCCUACCCACACACCGUUCCCCAGACAGGACCCAAUGCAGGCCGCUACGAAGAGCGGGAAGCCUCCUUCUGGACGUGCGGCUUCUUCCCCGGCUGCAUCUACGCGUUACUGGAGCGCAGCAUCAAGUACCCGCAAGCCGUGUCGCUCCCAGCGGCACUGCGCCCGGGGAUCCAAGAGCAUCUUUUGAAGCUGGGACGGCACUACAGCGUGGCCAUCCGCGACAUGUCGAGCCGCACAGACACGCACGACAUGGGCUUCAUCGUGCAGCCCGCGCUGCAGCGCGACUGGGAGUUGACGGGCAACAAGGACAGUCUGGCUUGCGUUGUCAAUGCGGCUGAGGCGCUUGCAUCGCGCUAUGAUGAGCGUGUCAAGGCGAUUCGCAGCUGGGAUGUUGCGGUGAAUGACCGGUAUAGUCUUACUGAUAUGCAGGAGAAUUUCUUGGUCAUCAUCGAUAGCAUGUGUAAUCUCGACCUCCUCUACUUCGCCGCGCACCACACCGCGUCACCACACCUCGCCCACAUUGCCACGACGCACGCCAACUCCAUCAUCAGCGAGAUCUUACGCCCAGACUACUCGUCGUACCACCUGGUAAACUUUGAUCCGCACACGGGACUCCCGCAGUCCAAACUCACCAACCAGGGCCACGCCGACGCCUCGACAUGGAGCCGCGGCCAAGCGUGGGCCAUCAUGGGCUUCGCGCAGACGUACAUGUGGACGCGCGACACAAGGUUCCUGGCGACGGCGAUGCGCUGUGCCGAGUAUUUUCUCGCGCGCUGCGCCGAGGGCCGCGGGAACUGGGCGUGCAGUCUGGUGCCACGCUGGGACUUUGACGCCCCGCUGGAUGCCGAGCACGAUGCUGCAAGCCCGCUGCGCGACGUAUCUGCCGGCGUCAUAGCCGCAAACGGGUUUCUGAUUCUGCACCAGGCGCUGCAGGGCGUGAGCGCCCCAGUCGCGGCGCAAAUGGCAGCUCCGGGCCAGACGUCAACCCCGGAUUUCCUGGCUGUGGCGCUGGAGACCGUGGCGCAGACGCUCGAGCUGGCGUAUGAUGGCACACUGGCUUCGUUCAGGGUGCCUGCGAAGACGGUGGCGCCGAGUAAUGGACAUGCGAAUGGCGUGGUGGCGGUGGACAAAGAACAACAACAACAACAACAACAGUUCUUGGUUGAUGAAUCCCCCUUCGAUGCUAUUCUGAGACAUAGCACGACAAACUGGAAUGAGCAUGCGCAUCAAAAGUAUAAGGAUCAUGGGCUGGUGUAUGCGGAUUACUAUUUACUCGAGUUUGGGAAUCAGCUGUUGAGGGCUGGAUUGAUUUAACUUCUUCUUCUUCUUCUUCCCUCUCUUACUUGCUCUUCUAUUUCUUUU